GUUGUCCUAUGAACGUCACAGGCAGAAGUAGGGAGAAGAAUAAAGUGGUUUGACAUGGCGCGGGAAGAGAGCAACAUGGAGGUCAGCGGAGAAGCAGACAGUCUCUCUCCGUCCACUUUAAAACUAUACGAGGCUCAGUUUUUCGGCUUCACCCCGCAGACCUGCAUGCUGCGGGUGUACAGCGUCUUCCAGGACUGCAUGUACGACAUCUUACCCGUGGUGGAGAAGGUGUGUGUGAGGCAGCUGAGUAAAGGCGAGUCGGACGCGGCGGAGGAGCUGCUGCGGAGCCGGGCUCGGGAGUGCAGCCGCAAACUGCAGCAGUUCCUGGAGGAGCGCUUCAAGCAGCUGUCGGAGCGGAUGGAGGCGCUGCUGGUGAACCGCUGCUUCUCCGUACCGCCCAAUGUGCUGCUGCCCGAAGACCAGACCCACAACAAAUACCCCCAGGGGCUACAGGACGUGCUGAGGCUGGAGUCGUCCCUGACAGACAUGCACAGAGCCUAUGAAGCAGAGGUCUGCGCCAGACAAGCGCUGCUGGCCGAGCUGGAGGAGCAGAAGGAGGUGCAGAAGCAGCUGGAUGGGAUCCGGACUUGGGUCAGAGAGCUGCAGGCAGCCUGGGUGAAGGAAGGUAACGGCAACUUUAGUGAAAGUUUCCGACUGGUGAUGGAGUCGGUAAAGAACCUGCAAGAGGCCGUCGCAGAGGUCUACAAGAAAGCUCCUCACUGAACUGAACUCAAAUUUGUUUUAUAUCUCGUAAUUCCUCCAGAACUUUAAUAUUGUUGUUUUUGAUUCUCUUUUUUUCAACAACAGCAGUGCAAUGUAAAUAAUAAAACACAUGGAUGUAUUUGUGUCAGUUACGCUGAUUAUUUUCCCUUAAAGUCAGGUACCUUUGUUAUGUACCUCCUCUUAUUCUCAUCUUGGCUGCCUUAUAAAGAAGAAACAAUAUUGUCAACUCUGCAUUAAAUUCAGUUCAGCACAACUCUACCUUCAUAACAAAUUGUAUCUACUUAACUAUAUUUGUAACUGUAAGGUGAUGGUGUUUGUUUUAUUUAUAUAUUUCAGGAUUGCAUUAGGUUGUUGACAUUGUUUCCACCACAAUGAACAGCAGCAGUGAUGGACAGCAGAGGGCGCUCAUGGCAUGUUACUACACCUGAGCCAGUCAAAUCCAUGCACGCUGAAGUGAUCACACUUCUUGAUCAUUAUUGAAAUUAGUAUGUAAAGCUGGUAAAAGUUGUUUAAUUAUUUCACCAGUUAUUUUGAAUUAUUAUAAUGAAAUUAACUACUUCUCUACACAAACAAGCCCUUACACUGCAGAAGUUCAAUUUGGGGUUCUAUGUUAAAUAGAAAAUGAUAAAAUUAUAUAAUCAACGAAACUUAUUUUUGGUAGUUUUCCUUUAAUCUUGUCGAGGGUUGAGACAGAGGAUGUCUGCGUCACCUUGUUAAGCCCUAUAAGACAAAUUGUGAUUUGAAUAUAGGCUAUACAAAUAAAAUUUGAUUGAUUAAU